GGGAAACCGCGACUACACCCGCUUCAAGGGGAAAAAGGUGGCCGAGGCACCACCUGGGGUGGUGCUUCAUGAUGCCCAGAUAUAUGACAUGAUGCGGACGAAGCAGAAGCCCAAUCCCGCAUUGCCUCAGCCACAGUACUACGGCAAUGCCAAGGCCGCCAAGGAGGACUACUGCGACAUGGUCAAGUCUCGUCACCCCGAGGUGGAUGACCCCUUGAGCAUUCCGGUCGACGAGGAGUCGUUGGUCCUGUCGGGGCACGGGCGUCCGCAUGGCCGUUUCCCUUGGCUGAAUAAGGCGGUCAAGCCUACCCACUCCACGAGCUACACGCGCCUCAAGCAUACCCUCACCGCCGACAGCCCCCAGCCUCGUCCACGGCCUGCUCGUCCACCCGCCUACGAUCCUGACUUCGAGGCGGCCUUCGAAGCCUGCAAUGAAGCGUAUCAGCAGGCCGCUGCCCAGUGGAAUAGGCAGAAUACGGCCUAUAUGACGUAUAUAUCAGUAAGUCUGAAUCUUUCUUCUCGCGCAAGUAGAUGA